GUACGAUACGGUAGCUAAGUUGAGUGGAGCCUGCACGAACUUCGCUCGAGUCGAGGUACAGAUCCACAUGAAACAUUGCGGUUUUUAUUUGCAAUUACACCUAGGCCUAUCUGUUGCAUCCGCUGAUUGUAUUUACAGGAUCAGAUUGAUUUUCCUUUAAUAGCAGUUUUAAAUGACCGAUAAAAUGUCGAAAGUCAGAUUACUCGACAAGCUCGUUCAAGAAAGGGCUGGAGCAGGCGAUUCUUCACCACAAAAUGCCCCGAGAGUAGCGGACCAGAUUCUGUCGGGAAAUGAUGAUGGCCAUGAGAAUGCUGAACAAACGCGUAUCUUCGAUGUUUUACCAGACUUACCAGCAGGACCUCUUGAUCUUUACCGGAAUAAUGCUUCGUUUGAUUGGAAGUCACUUAAGGUUGCAUUUGAAGGAGAAGAUUGUAUUCGUUAUCAUUACAAGAUAUGGAAAACACUGGAGAAGGACCCACUCUUCCAACACAGUCAACGACCACUGACAAUGGAGGAAUCCAGAGCCCUUGUCUUCCGUCAAGUGAAGCAGCUGAUCCGCUACAACUUCCUCUCCAUGGAAGGCAUCCUAGCUAAUCCAGACACCAUCAGCUGGUUCAACAAUGCUGUAAUGCUUUAUGAUGCAGCACUGGCUACCAAGUUUAACCUGAACAAAAAUUUGUUUGGGCAGACAUUGAGAGCCAGUGGUUCCAUGAAGUAUGAAGACAUUGUCACACAGAGCGAGGCAUUAGAGAUAAUGGGUUGCUUUGCUUUGACUGAGUUGGCACAUGGGUCUAACACAAGAGCCAUGAGAACAACAGCAAAAUAUGACCCAAGCACACAGGAGUUUGUUGUGAAUACACCAGACAUAGAGGCCGCCAAGGUGUGGGUUGGUAUCCUUGGCAAAUCUGCUACCCAUGCUAUCGUCUAUGCCCAGCUCUACACCCCUGAUGGCACCUGUCAUGGCCUGAACUCAUUUAUAGUACCUAUAAGGGAUCCAAAGACACUUCUACCACUCCCUGGGGUGAUGGUAGGGGACCUUGGAGAGAAGCUGGGACUUCAUGGGCUUGAUAAUGGUUUUGUAUCAUUCCACAACGUUCGCAUUCCAAGAGAAAACCUGAUAAACAGAACAGGAGACGUGACAGAGAGCGGACAAUUUGUCACUCCAUUUAAGGAUCCAAACAAAAGGUUUGGUGCAUCCAUGGGUGCUCUGUCAUCAGGACGUGUUGGUAUUACAAACAUUGGUCUAGGAAACCUGAAGCUUGCCAUUACUAUUGCUGUCCGCUACUCUGCAGUCAGGAGACAGUUUGGACCCACCUCUGAGGAGGAGCUACCAGUCUUAGAAUACCAGAUGCAGCAAUGGCGGCUGUUACCAUAUGUGGCUGCUGCUUUUGUACUGCAUCAUUUCUCUGAUAAAUUAUUCAAGCACUUGGUGGAAUGUCAGGUAUCCCUCAUGCUUGGAGACAAGAGUGAAAGACAGGCAGAGCUGGGGAAGGAGAUGCAUGCAUUGUCUAGUGCCUCUAAACCUCUUAGUAGCUGGUUAGCAAGGGACUGUAUACAGGAAUGCAGGGAGGCAUGCGGAGGUCAUGGAUACUUGUGGGUGAACAGGUUUGGUGUUUUACGAGACGACAAUGAUCCUACAUGUACGUAUGAGGGAGACAACAAUGUCUUGCUCCAACAGACAAGUAACUACUUAUUAGCUCUAUCUGCUGCUAAAAGAAGAGGUGAGACCAUAUCUUCUCCCAUUGGUACGGUUGAUUUUCUGGACUCCAUGUUUGAUAUCAUCAAGCAGAGGUUUACAGUGCACAAGCUAGAAGAUGUAAUUAAACCCCAAGUGAUUAUCAGUGCAUACCGAUGGCUAGUCGUCUAUCUCCUUCAGGAGAGUGCCAAUAAGCUCCAACAUGAGCUCAUGAAUGGAAAAGAUGCAUUCAGUGCACGCAAUGACUCACAAGUCUACUUCUGUAGGACCUUGGCAAUGGCUUUUAUGCAGCACACACUUCUUGAUCAGUUUUGGAAUUACCUAAAAUCUGGUGAUCUGUUACCUGAGCAAACUGCUGUUCUCACUAAACUCUGUAGUCUCUACGGUCUUUGGAGUCUUGAGAAACAUAUGGCCACUCUUUAUCAAGGAGGAUAUUUCUGUGGGGCAGAGACUGCUAGGUUAAUCCGUGAUGGUAUCCUUCAUCUCUGUACUGAGGUUAAGAAUGAUGCAGUAUCUUUGGUUGAUGUUCUUGCUCCACCUGAUUUUGUACUCAACUCACCUAUUGGAUGUGCAGAUGGCCAGGUUUACAAACGUCUUUACAAUGCCAUCCUCCAGACUCCGAACUGCCUUGAGAGACCUUCUUGGUGGAAGGAAUUCCUGGAUAAACCAGCCGUUGGUUCCGUCCCUCCUGCAAAGCUAUGAAUCAUAAAAUUGAUGAUGCCAGAUCAAAUUAAGACAAUCGGAUUUAGGAAGAUUGUGAAUGGCUGGUGCCUGUAAUUUCAACAGUGUCCGCAAAGGUGGAUGAGGAUCCAGUGACACUAAGCUUUAAACAGUGAUUGAUUUCCUAUCUUUUUACAACUGAUUUCAUUUAUCACUGUGUGUAAUCCUUCCAAAGAAUCAGUUGUACAUUCAAUUGCUGAGCUUUGGGAUACCAGGUCCAGAAUACCUUCCCUGCAGGAAAUCAUAUAUCUUGUUGUCAAAGGGAAAAUUUAGCUGUGGUUAUGAUGAAAUACAAAUGAUUUUAAUAUUUUAGAUUCUUGUUAUUUCUUUGAGAAGGUUAUCCAAUCUUUGCUCUAUAUGGACUGCUCAAGGUAUGAUAAUUUGGGAGCAUUCCAACAAUUUAUAUGAACUAGAAGACAACGACAAAUCAUUUUAGAAAUGAUGGACUUGCCAUUGUAGUAAAAGUUAAGAAUGAAAGUAACAGUACCCUUCAAAGCCCACUCAUUCAUGGUGUGAGGGAAGAAAAUUGAUACAAUGUAUGGGCCAAACAUAUAUUUUAGUUCUGUAUAUCUUUGUUUAUGCACAUCUCAUAAUUCUUUGUAUAAUUUUAUGAUUUAUUGUUAAUUAUUUUGGUGAUUCCAAACUUGGGUAGUGUUCUCAUUUUUAUGAAACAAUAUCAUUCCUUUAGAGACUGUUUGAUCAGGGCUCCGUAACACAAAGGUUUGCGAUGAAUUGCAAAUAUGAAAAAACCGCUCUAAUUGGUCCCUGGUCAAUAUUUUAAACCUAAUGCGCGUGUAACGUUGAUAAUGAUUGGUCAGUUGAUUUAGCGAUUGAUCGCUAAUCUUUGUGUUACGGAGCCCAGGACUAAUUUUAAUCCUUGAUUAGAUUAUGUAAAAAAUUGUGUUGUCAUGUUGACUACUUCAUUGUUUAAUGCUUGUCGGCUUAAUAUGUGUAAUCACUGUAGGCAAAGGAUAACUAAUUAUUUAAAUUGAUCAUGUAAUGUUGUGUAUGAUACUGAAAAUACAGUAACUAAUUUAUUAAAUUGUGCUCUAUGCAUGUUUGCUAGUCAUGAGAAUCAAAACUGUUUAAAUUGCCCAAAUGAGUGUGUGAAUUUGUUUUGUAUAUUUCACAGCUGCUUUGCAUGUUGCUUUUUGGAAUAUAUCUACUGAUAUAUGUGAUAAUAAGAAAUUAAUAUGUUUCAAAAUCAAAGUCAAAGAUCAUUUUAGGUCAUUAAUCUUGAUAUUUGUUCUUUAAUAUUGAAAAAAGUCAUCUAAACUUUUUAUAUGCAUUAAAGCUUGUAUAUAAGGAGGAUCAAAUAUCAGCUGUUAUGUGAGUUGAAAUUUCAGGUAAAUUUGAUAAAUGUCAAAAGGUCAUUCAGGUUUAAAACUUGGAUGAAAAUUGAUAGUUUAUCACAAUUUCAUCUCUAAGUUUUCAUGUCCAUUUGCCCUUUUGCGGUCUUGGAUAUUUACAUUAUAUAUUCAAAGAAUAUAAUGCGAAAGACAUUUUGAUAUUUUGAUGUCACAAAAUCAACACUCCUACAUAUUUCAUUAGAACAGCUAUAUUGGUGUGUAUUCUAGAUGAUUGAGUGUUGAUUUUCAGAACAAAUACUACUAACCUCCAGAUCUAGACUAGUGUCACACUUGUUUUAGUCAUACUGCAAAUCCCUCUUUAGCAUAUG